ACCGUAGUCAUGGUUAAAAAAAACAUGGUGCUUCCUAAAUAUAAAUAAAACUUUUCCUUGCUUUCAUUUUGAAAUGACAACUGAUUGUAUUAUGUAUUCAAAGUAUUUGACUAGAUAAACCCUUUAGUAAAGUUAGACAACCUUUUAGAAAUUAGCAUUAAUCCGUGAUAGUUUUCUAGAACGGACCUGCAGCCUUCAGUCUCGGAGCGUGAAUAUUGGUCAAAGGGCAUCAAUGACAUUUUUAUUCAGAGCUGCUUUCACAAAACAGGGUCUGUUGAUUCCUGCCCUGAAUGCUGUUAGAGGAAUGUCUACUACAGGUCCAACUCCACCCUUUACAACCCUGUCAAUCAGCCGACCGGCCGAUACCAUCACUCAUGUCCAGCUCUGUCGACCAGAGAAACGCAACGCAAUGAACAAGGCUUUCUGGAGUGAAAUGGUGGAUUGCUUCAAUCAAAUAGCAGAAGAUUCGGAGUGUCGUGUCGUGGUUUUCUCUGGUGCUGGAAAAAUCUUCACAGCCGGGAUUGAUCUUAUGGACAUGGCCAGCGAUAUUAUGCAACCCGAGGGAGACGACACAGCAAGGAUCUCAUGGAACUUACGUCACAUCAUAGCCAAAUACCAGGAGACCUUCUCUGUUAUUGAAAAGUGUCCAAAACCAGUGAUUGUGGCCGUUCAUGGAGGAUGUAUUGGUGGAGGAGUGGAUCUGAUCACAGCAUGUGAUAUACGACUUUGUACACAAGAUGCCUGGUUUCAGGUUAAGGAAGUUGACGUCGGUCUAGCAGCUGAUGUCGGGACUUUGCAGCGUCUUCCCAAAGUUAUUGGAAGUCGAAGUUUGGUAAAUGAACUUGCAUUGACUGCAAGGAAGAUGUAUGCAGAUGAAGCCAAAAGCUGUGGAUUGGUCAGCCGUGUGUUUCCAGAUAAAGAGACAAUGAUGGCAGGUGCGUUGGAGAUGGCAGGAGAGAUCGCCAGCAGGAGUCCUGUAGCAGUCCAGGGAACCAAAAUCAAUCUCAUUUUCUCCAGAGAUCACAGUGUUCCUGAAGGCCUGAAUUACAUGGCCACCUGGAAUAUGAGCAUGCUUCAAACCCAUGAUCUGAUGAAGUCAGCUCAGGCAGCGAUGGAGAAGAAAACCCCUAAAGACAUUGUUUUCUCUAAACUCUAAAGCUCUGUUAGGAAACAUGUGCUUAACAAGUUGCUAAAUUUAUAUUUGAUCUGUAAUUGUGUUUCUCUAAUAAUGUCUGACUUAUUUUCUUAGAUGCUGAUCAGUGUUUUGGCAGUCCCAUGAUAUUUGACAGUGACUCAUCAUAUGAAUUAUGACAAUAUGUUUGCAUCUUAAUAAAAGACAAUGAAAGGAAAA